AUGUUUGGCAACAACACCACAUCCACGUGGGGGAAUCCCCAACAAAACCAGCAGCAGCAGCAGCCUGCAGGUGGAUCUGCUUUUGGGCAACCGAACGCUUUUGGCAAUACAGGUGGAGCGUUUGGAUCAACUGGGGCUUUUGGUCAACCACAGCAACAACCACAAGCUAACCCGAUGUUUGGCAAUCUGGGAGGCUCGACGAACACUGCCAGUCCAUCGGGCUUUGGCGCGUUUGGAGGUGGAACCAACAAUAACAACAAUCAGACAACGAGUGCGUUCGGAGCACCCAGACCUGCGACUGGAUUUGGCGCGUUUGGUGGUGGAACCGGUACGUUUGGUUCGACACCCGCGUUUGGAUCUACAGCCGCUCCUGCGGGCACGUCUGGUACCAGCUUGUUCGGUCAGCCCAAUAACACGACGACGGCUGGAGGAGCAUUUGGUAGCAACACGGGCCUUUUCGGCGCCAGCAAACCAGCUACCACCGGUUUUGGAACAACUCAAGCACAAAACCAAAACGGGACAAAUACAGUGGCUGCUGUUACUACAGGAUCAUCCAAUCCUCCGUAUAAUGCCUUUACUGACAAAGAAAAUCCCGGCAGUGGGACCAGUGUAACAUUGCACUAUCAGUCCAUCUCGUGCAUGCCCGCUUACCAAGGGACCUCCUUUGAGGAACUGCGAUACCAAGAUUAUGCUCAGGGCCGGAAGACCGCUGGUGCUUUUGGCCAAUCCGCUACGUUUGGUGCUACUCCGGCUCAGCCAACCACAAGUAUAUUUGGGCAACCUCAACAAAGCACACCUCAGCCAAAUGCUUUCGGUGCUCCGACGACAACGCCCUCCACUGGUUUUGGAGCCUUUGGUCAAUCGGCAGCUACCCAAACUCCCCAACAAUCAACAGGCUUAUUCGGUGGCGGAGCAUUUGGCCAGCCUCAACAGCAGCAACAGCCCGCCCAGCAGACGAACGCGUUUGGAGCAUUCGGACAACCCGCCCAGCAAAAUCAACAGCCAUCCGGUGGUCUAUUUGGAGGAGGAACAACGGCGUUUGGUCAGCCAAAGCCGGCGGGGACAGGUUUUGGAACAUUUGGAGGUGGAACGUUUGGUUCCUCUGCGACCACCACAAACGCGUUUGGCCAGCCGCAGCAGCAACAACAACAACCGGCUACCACUGGGCUAUUUGGACAAACUCAGCCUGCUGCAUCGAACGCUUUUAACGCCUUUGGUAAUACUGCUGCUAAUAAUGCCGCUAAGCCGCUGUUUGGCCAGCCUGCUGCACAACCCACACAACCCGCCUUUGGAACUGGCCUCUUUGGCCAGAAUCAGCAACAGCAACAGCCAGCGCAGCAGCAACAACAACAGCAACAACAACCAUCCCUCUUUGGAGGAGGAGGAGGGCUGUUUGGAAGCACCAACACGCAGGCAAACCAGCAGAACCCCCAACAACCGGCUACCAACAUCUUCGGUGCUACGACGGCACAACAACCUAAUGCUGGUGGUGGAUUGUUUGGUGGCGGUGGCGGAUUGUUCGGUAACAAUCAACAACAGCAGCAACAACAGCAAAACCAGCAACCUGCGGCAAACGCUUUCGGUGCUGGGGGACUCUUCGGGAAGCCGGCCCCCCCAGCGAACAACCUUUUCGGAGGAUUUGGUCAACAAAACACCGCAAAUACUGCUCAGCCGCAGCAGAGUAGCCUUUUUGGAAGUACGCUAGGUCAGUCUACGAACCAACAAUCGACACUUGGUGCAGGCAGCCUCUUCGGCAAGCCCGCUGCGCCAGCGAUGGGCGCCAGCACUUCUAAUACGAAUGCUCCUGCUGGUGGCCUAUUUGGUUCGUUUGCUCCUGCUGGGUCUUUCUCUGCUACAACAACCCAAGGCGCUCAAGGAACCCUCACUGCAUCCAUUGCUGAGCCAAUUGGCAACAAUCUCGCUAUCUUUUCCAUGCUUCCACCAGGACCGCGGUCAAUUAAUUUAGACCCUCAGCCUGCAAAGAAAAAGGCCGGAUUCUUUGUCGAUGUUCCCACGCGGGCUCCCCUUCCUCGCGUUCAGCUUGGAUAUACUCCAGCUGCUUCGAAAUUGCGUGGGUUUGCGUCAUCCACCUCCAACUCAACUAGCGGAAAUCCCUUCUCCAGCAUGUCGUUCAUAUCCGGUAAGGCUGGUGCAUUGUCACUCAGCCGUGGAGACAGCAAGUCGCCAAUGACCUCCGACUCUCUUCUCCGCAGUCAAAGCCCUUCAUUGGGCAGCAGCCAAAGACAAAGCGUGAAGAAGUUGAUUCUUGACAAGAAGGUUGAGCCCAUCGACCUUUUCUCUAAGUCUGGCGGGUCGCCAGCUCGGUUGGGCGGAUCAAAGGUGAUGUUUAGCCCCGCGUUGAGUGUCGCGGCUCGAGAAAAGGAAGCGGCGGCUGCGGCGGCUGCGGCACCCUCCCCACAGAAAGCUGUCGCUCUACCUGCACCCCGAGAUCAACGUACGCCAUCUCGCUUGGAUACAAACAAUUCACAAGCUCGGAACGCCAGCCCGGUUACAGAAGCUCAGAAGGAUCCCACGGCACUGGAAGAGGGCGAUUAUUGGUGCAAACCCGAUCUAGACACGCUGAAAGGCAAAGGCUUCCAGGAAUUAAGCUCUUUCUCGGGUCUUGUGCUUGGUCGCAAGGGCUACGGAGAGAUACAUUUCCUGGAACCUGUGGAUCUGACAGGUCUACCGAAGCUUGGUUCGCUUUUGGGAGACGUUGUGCGGUUUGACGACAAGGAGUGCAGUGUCUAUCCUGACGUGGACGAUGUAGACAAGCCCCCUCCAGGAUCCGGGUUGAACGUGAAGGCCCGGUUGAUGUUGGAUAGGUGUUGGGCUACGGACAAAGCAUCUCGGGAACCCAUCAAGGACGAAAAGCACCCCAGUGCCGUGAAACACUUAAAACGGCUACGCAAUAUGAAGGACACGCAGUUCGAGGGUUUCGACAUCAAGGAUGGACGAUGGACGUUCACGGUUGACCAUUUUUAA